AUGUUGGCAGAAAAGGUGGACCCAGCUAGACAAGAGAACAAGAAGCUGUUUGUGGCUAAAUUGAAGUUAACCUCAGUGGAGAAUAGCACAGAAGCAACAGAGUUCAUCCUCUUGGGAUUCACAGAUGACCCCAACCUCCAGGUUCCCCUCCUCCUGGUAUUUUUGUUCAUCUACCUCAUCACUUUGGUUGGGAAUCGGAGGAUGGUGCUGGUCAUCUACUCAGACUCCCACCUCCACACUCCAAUGUACUUCUUCCUCAGCAACCUUUCCUUUGUCGAUCCGGGUCACUCCUCAGCCGUAGCUCCCCAGACGGUGGCUGCACUGCACUCGGGAAACAAACUCAUCUCCCACAAUGGAUGUGCUCCUCAGUCCUUCUUCUUUGUGGGUUUUGCCACCGUCAAGUGCUACCUCCUGGCCUCCACGGCCUGUGACCCCCGUGCAGUGCUGUGUAGGCCCCUUCAUUACACCAGCACCAUGAUAGCAGGUGUGUAUGCCCUCCUGAGGAUGGGCUCCUAUGUCUGUGGCUUCCUCAAUGCCUGUGGCUUCCUCGAUGCCUGCAUGCACUCAGCAGACACCUUCAGACUCUCCUUCUGUGGUUCAAAUGAGAUGAAUCACUUUUUCUGUGAAGUCCCUCCACUCCUGGCUCUCUCGUGCUCCAACAGAGGCAUGAGCAAGCUGGUGGCCUUCUUUGUCGUGGGCUUCAAUGUUUUUUUCACCCUCCUGGUCAUCCUCAUCUCUUACUUCUUCAUAUACAUGGCCGUUUGACGGAGGCAUUCUGCGGAAGGAAGGAAGAAAGCCUUCUCCACCUGUGCGUCCCAUCUCACGGCCAUCUCCAUUUUCUAUGGAACAAUCAUCUUCAUGUACUUACAGCCCAGCUCCACCCAGUCCAUGGACAUGGACAAAAUAGCAUCUGUGUUUUACACGGUGGUGAUUCCCAUGCUGAACCCCUUGAUCUACAGUCUUAGGAACAAAGAAGUGAAACAUACUCUCUGGAAAAUACUCAACAAACUUAAUUCCCAGUCUUUAAGUGUGAGUAGGAAGUAG